GAGAGCAAAAAUAACCAGCCUGCGAUAGCUAGGUAGACGACGGAGGCGAUCCAAAUAAUCCAUGGCGGCCGGAGGCGUUUGGGUGUUCCGGGAGGACGGGGUGAUGGAGCUGAAGAGCGCCGGGGUGCAGCCAUCGGCGGCGGCGGCGCCGAGCAAGAAGGCGCUGGUGUACGUGCCGGCGAACGAGACGAUGCGGUCGCUGGACGCGCUGGAGCAGCGGCUGGGGUCGCUGGGCUGGGAGCGCUACUACGAGAACCGAGACAUCGUGCAGCUCCACCGGCACGACGGCGGCGUCGACCUCAUCGCCCUCCCGCGAGACUUUGCAAGGUUCCGAUCCACACACAUCACUACUAGCAGCGGGAGAGCAAAAAUAACCAGCCUGCGAUAG